GCUCAUGCCGUCGUGGCCUCCCUCCUGCCCUCCCUCCACCCAAACCCCAGAAUUUCCUUCCUCUCUGCUUUCUCGUCAUUCUUCCUUCUUUUAACAUACUCCUUAGCUCACUAUGACGGUUCAACAACAGUUGCGCUUUUCCGAGGUGGACCAGGAAAGCGUUAAUGCGCUCCUCCAGGAUUACUUGGACAGUGUCAUAGAGGAGGAGGGUAACGAGCAGCCCUUUGUUGCUCCGGGCACACAAGCGGAGCGCGAUAGAAUAUGGACUGCCUGGACCGAUUUCUGUGGACUUACCCGAAAAAAAGAGGAUGAGAUGGACAGCCACGGUACUCCCCAGAGCUGUCGUGGUCUCGACCCCUGCCGCUUCUGGGUGGACUUCGCUCGGGACCCAUCGGUCCCAAGUGUUCAGGCGCCAGUUCAGGCCUUUCUGCACAAAUAUGUGGAAAACUCCGUCAAGGAACGUGUCGUGUUAGGGCCGGAGGAGCGCGCCAUGGUCCGCACACUGAACUCCGCUUAUAGUGUCAUUGAGGUUUGGCGGAGGCUUGUCGCAGCGGCCGAUUUCAAGGUCCUCCGUCGCGAGCGGAAAGCGCUGCGGAAAAAGGAGAAAUACCUGGAGGCUGACCGGCUUUUUCUGAAGUGGGAGCAAGAAGGCGAACGACGUGAGGGACCCGCCUAUCUAAUUGUCCAGUGGAUUCUCCUUAAACUGUCGCCAGCGCUUAACCUGGAGAUAAACACGUUGUACGUGAAGGUUGAAGCGACAGCAGCAGAUAUCAUCCUCAUUCUUCUCGCGCUAUAUCAGCGGGCUGAGGAUAUACCCGCUCCGCCACUUACGAGGGUGUCGUUCCACGCUGCGGUCCUUCUCGGCAGUACCGGCGGUUUCCGGCCGGGCAGCCUUAUGAAUACCAAGUGUCGGCAGUAUACCUUGUCCGUCGUGCGCGACCCUGAUGUUAGGACCCGGACGAGGAUUAUUGUUACACCCAACAUCGGUCGGAACAAAGUCAAGACGACUCAAAUGACCUGUAAAUACAGGAAGCAAAAAUCCGUCGCCUACUCUACCACUCUCGUGCCUUAUCCUGUCCUCUGUUUGGCAAGCCUCGUGAUUGCCCGGGCGGUAGAGAUGGACGCUUUGGCAAUCAGCUUUGAAUCGGCCCACGACCUUCUCCACCGUCCAGUCCUUGGCAAGACCGACCGUAUCGACAUUCCCUGGAAGGAGGAAUUCCUGGACAAGCCUCUUUUCCCCCUAGCAUACCCGGUGUUUUACGAGCUAUGGAUGCGGUGCCUCCUUGUCAUAGGCUGCCGCAAGACUAUCCGCCCUUAUGCUUUUCGCGUGGGUGCUGGAGCCCGCAUGGAUGAAAGCCUGUCAAGUGCCCUACGGAACUAUGUGAUGAGUCACUCAGGAGCCGUUUUCGAAAACGACUACCAAACAGGCGUCGUGAGACCUAAUCUCGCCGCAUUAGCGUAUGGGCCCAAAGCGGUGCGCCGGGAUGAAACGCUUUUCAACGACCUUCGCAAUAUGUCCCUUACACGGGACGAGGGUUCCCCGAUCUCGGUGUCGAAAGAACAGAUUUCGAAGUUCCGAGAACGAAGGGAUAUCGCCAAGUUCCGCGACGAGAUCCAGGCCUCAACCGACCAGGGUGAGAAGAACAGGCUUCACAGGCAAAUCAGAACCACCAUCGAGACUUGCAUCAAGCUGCAGCUCGACGCAGAUUGGCAGGCCUACUUCAAGGCGGCGGACCGGUUGCGUCUCCAGGGUCUUGAGCCGGAGCCAACACCCGGCGCGGGGGGUCCGGGUAUGGCGGCUCCGGUGGCCGCCCUUUUGUCUCGCCCAGGACCGCGAGAAGACGGCGAGUCGUUAACGGUCGGCACGAGCGUAUCGGAGCGGUAUAUUGAUGCGCAGCUGCUGCACCUCUCGUCUAUCGCACUCAGUGUACCACGGCUGGUUCCAAAGGCAGCGGCGGCUUCCAAGUCCCAGAGGGCACCUCGGGUUCCAGAGACAGCGGCAGCUUCCAAGCCGCAACGGGACUCCUGCUGUUUCGUCUGCUCCAAAGGCUUCACAAACCGCUCUUGCCUUACGCGGCACUUCCGGAAUGCCCAUCUUGUUGACGGUACGUUUGACAAGCCUCUCGCUUGUCGCGAGUGCAAGCGCGCUGGGGCGACAGAGGUUAUCGUCCACGGCCCGGCACAAUGGUGCAAUCACCUCGAGCAUACCCAUGGCCUGAUCCACACACCAAGCGUCAAUCCAGGUGCCAGCCCUCGGGAUCGUCCGUCAAAUUCGCCGUUGAUCUGUCUUCUAUGCGAGGCACCCAUGGCAUCUACGAGUACUCUCCUCGACCACAUGAACCGGACUGAGAUUCCUCGGUAUCGUAAGGGCCUUCCCGUCGUCUGUGGCGCCUGCACUCGUGAGGGCCGAGUUGACGUCAAACCCAUGAGCAUCUGGGAAUGGCUGACGCACGCUCGAUCCGUCCACAAGUGGUCUCUUCCCGGCGUGGAGCCGUGCCUUCUCUGCGGACAUCUCUGCGCCCUCGGACCCGGCUUCCGGAGACAUUUCACCGCUCAGCACAGCCACAGACUGGGAGAGCCUUUAGAGUGCGCCGCAUGCGUCCCUUCGACAAUGCCGGCAGGAGAGAUGCAAGGGAUCUAUGGGUUUGAGGAGCUGCUCCGGCAUGCUAUAGAAAAGCACUCCUCAGGACAGGCGGUGACAAAAGUUGUCGGAGGAAAGCGCAAGGGGGACAGCUACAUGAACGGCGAGUACACCGCUCCAGUCGCCAAGCGCAAGAGGGGCGCCAAGCACAACGUGGCGUACACGAAGGAGCCUUCCCCCUUCGUGACAGAUGAUGCAGACAGCGAUCCGUGCGAGGACGUGAUCAUCUGCGCGCCGACUGUCGAUGAGCAGCAAACGUGCUAUCUCACACAGAAUCAUAUAGGGGGCCCGAACGCAAUUUUGGAUUUGGAUUCUCUAGAGCACGUCGACCCUGCCCUUCUCGCUCCGUGGCGGCCGGCCGCUUCCGCGCACCAAACUGCUGCGGUGCCCUCGAGAAGAGUCUUAAGGACACGAGUGGUUUGAGGACACUGCGACCUUUAAAGCCACUGUGGUGGGUGGCCCCGGCUCUUCGUAUUCGAUGGCCCGCAAAAGCCUAACCCCACACGCAACAAGCGCAUAGCCGGC